AGUAUCCGGGGAAGCCGCGUGGCCCCGGGAUGCGCGGGGCGGAGCCUGAUGCGGACGGGGACGUGGCCGGAGCGGCUGUAGCGGAGCGUGUGUGAGACCGAGCCGAGCCGAGCCGAGCCAAGCCAGCGCCGCCGCCAUGCCCGGACCCAACCCCAGCGCCACCAGCGUCGGCUCCUCCGGCCGCUCCCCCAGCAAGGCUGUGGCUCCCCGCGCCGCGGGAUCCACCGUCCGGCAGAGGAAAAAUGCCAGCUGUGGGACAAGGAGUGCAGGCCGUGCCACGUCCACAGGGACUGGUGGGAUGUGGCGGUUCUACACUGAGGACUCUCCAGGGCUCAAAGUGGGCUCCAGAAGAAGAGAUGGCCUGUGUGCAGAGUUCCUCACCAAAGCACCCUGAAAACCAACAGGUCCCCUCGAUACCUCCAGGCUCUCCUGAUCAUGGAUCAUGGUCAUGCCCUGAACUCAGACAGUGGACUGUGGCAGAGCUGUGAGAAACCAGCCCUUGGCUAAGGUCGCUGUCCCUGUGUUCCAUCUGGUGUGCAGGUGGAAAAAACAUCAAUUUCAACAUCUGAUGAAGAGUCCUGUAAACUGAACACCAGCUUGGUCAGCCUGGUUUGAUUAAGUAGGAGACAGUAAAUUUCUGAUGAAGUACUAUGUUAAUAUUUAUUUCUCUGACUUACCAAGGCUCAAAUUUA